UAAGAUGGGCUAGGUAUUUCUUUUGUAUAAUCUUUAUAGUUCUCGGGAUUGGAGAGAACCGCCACGCCAGAACGGUAUCUCCAUCAUACAGAAUACAGGACUGUUCGCCCGAGAGACUGACAAUGCCUAUCUGAUAUGCGAUAUUCUUUCGUACGAUAAAGACAUAGGACCAGUCAAUUCGCCCCGAAAGAGCAUUCGCACCGAGACGUUUCACCCCGAGAUGUUUCGCACCGGUUAACUACAUAUAAAUAAAUAGCACAGGCAGGAAACGUCUCAGCGCGAAAGGUCUUUCGGGGCGAAUGGUCUCGGCGCGAAACACCAAUUCUGAUUCUGACCUGAUUUAGCUGGGAACCCCCCUCCCGCAACUGGCUGCAGAAGCGUACAAGUAUGGUGUUAACAAGGUAGACAUUUGUCCACAAAAUAAAACUGAGUGGGAGGAGGCAUCCAUGAGACUGAACUGCUCUAAUGACACUAAAUCCCCUCUGAACCGAUACCACUGCCUACCUGUCCACGACCUAACUACAUUACUGGAGUUUUGUUAUAACAGGACCAGACCUCAGGUUGUAAAAGGUUUGUGUAUGGUUUAUGUACAGGAAAGCAAUUACUUUAAUAGUUACAACUGUACAACGUUCGAAGAUGGUUGUCCAGAUAUGUUCUAUCUCAGUGAUGAAAGUUAUAAAUACCCAAAAUGUAUGGAUAUUGAUCCGAUUGGUCGCUGCUACCUCGCCGAGUCAUCUUGCAAACUGGCAACAACGACUUCAAGUGAUAUAACAUCUAUUUCGAGAGCAGCUGAAAAUAGUUCAUCUCCAACAAGUACCGAUGAUGUAGUAGUUAUAGCUAUAUCGACAAGUGUAGGAUUUCUGGUACUCACUUGUAUAGUAGUAGCUAUUAUUUACAAACGGAGGGACAUUUGUUGUAAACGCAAAGCAUGUGUUACAGACAUUGAUUUUGACCAUAAAGAUAAAGAUCCUCUGUUGCCGAGGUCAGAAAUUGCUGAAAUUGAAAGUCAAGGACUAAACUAUCUUUUACAUGAGUUCCCGAGCGACAAAAACCCUAAACUUAUUGCAAAAAUAUUAAAUGUACCUCCUGAAAUUUUAAGUUGGAGUAUGGAGAGGAGACAACAAUUUGUAGAGAGCAUGAAUAAGGGAAGUGUAAAUGAAUAUAGUGGAAGAGGAAUUGUGAUUGGGACUGCUGACACAGGAAAGAUAAAUCUUGUUGAAAAACUUAAGAGAAAAAGUAAUCUAAGGACGGAGUCAACAAGAGGAAUCAAAAUUUAUUCCCAUGAAUUUAUGCUGGACGCAAAGGAGUGCACAAUUAUAGGGGCAAAUGACAAAGAAAGGGGGGAAAAGCCCGAUGGAAAUGAACCCAGUCUAACUUCUUUUGACAAAAUGGAACUCAAAGACGUACAGACAGGAGAACAUCUUAUUGCAAAACAGACAAAUUUAGAUACUGAGCCACCUGUCAGUAACUCAAGAGACCCCUCUGAUGUAGUGCUUAAAGUCAACAAAAGUCAGAUAUUGCAACCAUUGGUUGAUAUCUGUUGUUGUGUACGUUCGAAGAACAAAACCGGAUUGAAAAGGUUAAAUCUUCUGGAUUUCGAUGGAAAAAAUGCAUGUCAUCGCAUUUUCUUUAGUUCUCGGGCGUUUUAUAUCAUUUUGAUUGACAUCUCAAAAGCCUUACACAGCCCAAUGGAUGAGGGAUUUUACAGUGACUGGACGUACGCAGAUUAUAUAAGAUACUGGCUCGGAUUCAUUCAUACCUACGGUUCAAUGUCCGCACCCGUUAUUUUGGUAGCCUCACACUUUGGAGGCAGAGAAGCAGAUAAAGAUAAGACGGUUCUUUCGGAGUAUUUAGAGGAACUUUGUCAUACUCUUCCGCAAACAUUAGUAAAACACCUUGAUAAAAAACGAGCAUUUUUGGUGAAGAAAACGUCCGACAAGAACCUGAAAGAUCUCAAAAAGUGCAUUGCAUCAACUUUGAAAUUACAGGAUCAUUGGGGUAAAAGUAUUCCAAAAAUCUGGACUAAGAUUGAGUCUGUAUUAAAUAUGAAGAGAAGGUCUUUGAAAAUUUGUAGCAUUUCAAGUAUCCUCGAAGAUCUUAAGAGGAUAGAUGACAAGCUUAUAAACAAUGAUGACGAUUUAGUUACAGUUCUUGUGUAUUUUCACGAUACAGGAGUAAUUUUAUUUCGAAAAGAUUUUGAUGAAAUAAUUCUUGAUGUGCAAUGGUUUGCUGAUGCCUUUAAAAGCAUUGUUGUGAAAGACAAACACAGUCUGGCACAAUUCAAAGAAUUAAAUGGGUAUGGUUUGUUAUCUAGUCAAUUACUUAAUGAUUUGUGGUGUAACAGCGAUCUUACAUUCCAUGAAAACCGAGAUAAACUCGUUAAACACAUGGUUAAACUAGAUAUGAUAGCAGAACUAAAUUCAACGCUAUGGUAUGUUCCAUGCAUGAACAAGCAACAGUACACCAAAAGCAUUCUAGAAAACUGUACUGUUUCAUCUACGUUAUGUUUUGUGUUUGAAUUUUUACCUAUUGAUAUUUUCCAUUGCCUUGUUGCUACAUGCAUCAACAAACAUAAUAUGACAUUAUGGCAAAGGGAGGAAAAGUAUUGCGUAUAUAACAAUGUAACAUUACUGAAAUGUGAGAACACGACACUAACAGUGCUUAUCAGUAUUCGAUGUGGAAAGAAGAACACAGAUGAAGAAUAUCCUCAUUCAAUUGAGAUUCAAGCCAUUAAUAUGAAUGAUCGUGUAGGAACGAUUGACAAUUCUUUGUGUUCAGGUAUUAAACAGAUCAUAUGUGAGGUUCUUUCCGAUCUGACCCAGACCUUUCAAACAGAAAAAGAACCCUUUCAUCUUGGAUACAGAUGUGUAAGAACACCAUACGGUGAUCUUCGAGAGGGUCAUAUCAUAUUAGAGAAGGAUAUAUCUACUGAUUGUGGGGUUAAAUGCUCAAAAUGUGAACAAAACCCUGAGAUAGAAGUGGACUCUUUAAUCGGUCAUUGGAAGCCUACCGACAAUCAAGGACAAUCAAGUGGUGCAUGUGGUGGAAUUGCAACAGAUUCGGUGUUCUACCAGAAAGCCCCUGAAACAAAAAACGAAGACUCAUGGACGGUUAGAAGUAAUGCCUAUGGCAUGGAACAAAUACACAAAGAUGCCCUGCGCCGUACACGGGUGGCGCUUGUUGAAACCUUGGACGUGGAUAUCAUUUAUGACGAGCUUUUAGGCAAGGAUAUUUUCACUCCUAUUAUGAUGGAGUAUAUAAAGAAUGAACGAACGCGCAUUGACAAAGUUCGCCGGCUUUUGGAUGACUUAAUUAGAAGAGGAUCGAACGCUUACCACGACUUUCUUGAGGUUCUUAGGGAAACUGGGUACAAACACCUGGCAAAAAAAAUCGUGGAAAAUGAGGAUAUUCUUCGCAAAGAAAACGCUUCCAAACAAGCUAGAGCAGAAAUUCAUACCUCCUUUAAUUUGAUUUUUGAUAAAUCAAAAAGUAACACUCCCGUACAAUCUCCUUUAGUACCGAGUGGAAUUUCAAAUUCAAAUCCUACUUCGUUGGAAUCAUUUGACCCCAGUUCAACAUCUAAAUUAUCGUCAGAAUCCGUUCCCCCACCGACUAGAGCAGAGUCGUCAAAUGUCGAACCUCACCCAGGUGGUUUGGUUUUUCAUGAAAUAGAAUCAGAUAAUUAGUGAUGGUGACAUAAUGGAUGAGAACAGUGGGGGCAUCACUGCUGAUUUAGCAGACGGUAAUUUUGGAAGUGUACACCAACUUGAGAACUAUCCGCAGUUUGUUGAAUUUGUGUGGAAUGUGCAUUGUUGCUUCUUGUUCAUAUUCAAGUAGAGCAAGACUUAACUCUAAUACUGAAAUAUUAACUAAAGGAAUAUCAUAAUGGAAGGAUCUGAGGGGAAAUUCGUGUUUUUGAAUGAUAUAAAUAUAUUAACAACAUUUUAUUUAUUUAAUUAUUCUUGGGUUUUUUUUAUUUUAUACUAAGGAUGACUGCACUUAAGGACAUUUAAAAUUGCGACAAAAAUUUUAAAAUGAGCAUAUUUCUUUAAAUUGUAGGAAUUGUCAAUGUCCUAG